GCCGGGCCACGUGACCGGUCGCGCCGCGCGUGCUGCCCUGACCCGUGCGCGAGUGAGCGUCCCGAGAGUGCACGUGGAGCCACGUGGAGCCGUCGAGAGAGGUGCUGGUCUGGCGUUCUUUUGUCUUCUGACUUGCAACAGAUUUUGCCUCCUACCGGCGCUUCAGAUUGAAGAUGGAGGGCCGGUGGCUGGCGAUCGUCAGCUGGCUGUCACUGACUGUGGCAAUGACAUCAGCAGUACAAACGUUCUCCACAGAACCGGAGGACCAGAGUGUUGAGACGGGACAGACCGUGGUGCUGCCAUGCAAGGUGGACGGAGCUGCGGGAGCGGUCCAGUGGACUCGGGACGAGUUCGGUCUCGGGGUCGACCGAGAUCUUCCCUCCUGGCCGCGCUACAAGAUGAUCGGCACCGAUCGAGACGGGGUCUACUCGCUGGAAGUGCAGCGAGUGGCGCUCGAGGAUGACGCCGUGUUUCAGUGCCAAGUGGGCGCCGCCGCCGGAUCGCCCGGUAUCAGGUCCCGUAACGCCCGUCUCAAUGUGCUGGUGCCGCCGAGUGCCCCGCGCAUAGUCCAGGGAGAGGACCUCUCCACCACCGCUGGGGUGGUCAUCAAGCUGCAGUGUGAGAGCCGAGGAGGAAAACCGCCGCCAAAGCUGGAGUGGUUCGACAGCGAUGGCACACAACUGGAGAAUAACAUCACCAGCGAAGACAGACACAUGUCCGACGGCAAACGCUACGUCGUCGAGUCCACGAUCCUGCUGGAACCGGAGGCGCGUCACGACGGCGCCAACAUCACCUGUAAGGCCAAGAACGAGGCGCUGGACGAGCCGCAAUCGGUGGCGCUUACUCUUCACGUCAAGUACCCGCCAGAGGUGGCCGUGGAGAUAGACUCGACGCAGGUCAACGAGUAUGAUGACGUCACAUUCAAGUGCUCGGCCACGGCCAAUCCGGAUGAUGACCUCAUCUUCAAGUGGUUCAUCCGAGACGAGGUGGUGGUAGGUGACCACGGCAGGGAACUCAAACUGAGCUCCAUCGGACGAGAACUCAACUCAGCCGCCGUCAAGUGUGACGUAACGAAUGAGAUCGGCACGGGCAGCCACUCGGUCGACUUAGACAUUCGCUACGGCCCGCGGUUCCGGGAGGAGCCCAAAGAUGCGUCCGCGGAGGUCGGUGAAAAGGUCACGGUCAAAUGCGACGUCGACGCCAACCCCAGCCCGGAAAUCGUCUGGUUCAAACGCGACUGCGAGGGGUGUCAAAAGGUGGUCGGUCUAGGCUCCGAACUGGAAAUUACCGUCACGCUGAACUCGGUUGGGCGAUAUGAGUGCCGCGCGGCCACCACCGGCUUCCCCGAGAUCUCUCGCCAGCUGAUGGUGUUUGCUCGGGGUCGACCCGAGGUCAGCGCCCGGUCACCGCAGCGCGGCGUCGCCGGAGGCACGGUGACGGUCGAGUGUGUGGUCACCAGCGUCCCGGCGCCCUCUGCCACCGUCUGGUACCUCUAUGGACGGCCCAUCCGCACAGACUUGGGCCGCUACAAGACGGUGGACGAGCCGAUAGAGGGUGGCGUGCGCAGUCUCCUGGUCGUCUCCGGAGCCAGCGAGUCUGACUUUGGCCUCUACAACUGCACGUUCCACAACGAGUACGGAGCAGACUCUGCCACCGUGCUGCUGCAGAAACAAGAGAGCGUCCCGCUGCUGAUCGUGCUGUCCGGAGUGGUGGGCGGCAUCAUUGUCAUCAUCUCGGCCAUCCUGCUGCUGGUCAUGUGCCGCCGUCACCGCCAGCCCGGCGGCAGGGCGCCAGCGGACGGUAGUGAGAAGACCUCCGGCCGGCCGUCGGACCAGAGCUCUGCCGACACGGAUCUGAAGAUGGAGCUGCGCAGCACCUCGUCCCUCUCGGGUCAGACUGCGUCCGAGCGCUGGGAUGAUGAGCUCUCAUCGUACCGCUAUCCGGACGACAUGACGGACGCGUCGUUCCCACCGGUACGGCAG